AAGAAAAUGUGCCAAAGAAGGAAGUCUGCACGUUUUUGCGAUAUAAAAACAACAGAAAAUAUUUCAAGUGGCUGUUAUUAUAACAAAAAUACAUUAUUGUUAGUACUAGUAUAUUAGAACAGACUGACUAUCUUUUAGGUAUAUUAAAAAGGUUUAAUCUCCGACUUCAUACAAAAACCAGCUUUAAUUUGUGACCAUUAUAUUCGGAUGAUUGUUUACUGAACGUCAUGGCAUCAACACAAAGUCUGCUUAACACUGGACCUCAGGAGAAAAGUUAUUUUGUUGUUAAAUGUCGAAACAUUGAAGCUCUGAAAAAGUGCUACAAGACAGGCAAAUGGGCAUGUCGAGACAGAGUGUCCCCACCUCAUCCACGGUGCAUUCUAGCAGGCAGCUUAGAGAAAGGACCUGUUGUUUUAAUAUUCAGUGUUAACAAUUGUCAUGGUUGGCAUGGUUACUGUGACAUGAUUGACUUCCCUGUGAGUGGUGAUACAAAAUCAGAUUCUACCUCAAAAAUUGUUGACAGUGUUGCAGAAGAUGUAAAAAUAUCUCAUUCUAGUGUUAAAAUGAUUGACAGCUCUACAGUUGAUUGUAACAUAUCGUAUUCUUGUGUUGCAAUGAAUGACGGCUUUGCAUAUGGUGGUAGCAAAUCAGACUGUAGUGCAGAAAUGACUGACAGCUCUGCAGCUGGUGGUAACAAAUCGGAUUCUUGUACUGAAAUGAUUGACAGCUCUGUAGGUAGUGGUAACAAAUUGGAUUCUUGUGCUGAAAUGAUUGACAGCUCUAUAGCUGGUGGUAACAAAUCGGAUUCUUGUACUGAAAUGAUUGACAGCUCUGUAGCUGGUGAUGACAAAUCGGAUUCUUGUGCUGAAAUGAUUGACAGCUCUAUAGCUGGUGGUAACAAAUCAGAAAUUGGGAUUGCAAUGAUUGAUAGCUUUGCAUAUGGUGAUAACAGUCCAGAUUCUGGUUCAGAAAGUAAAAACAGUGUGAUAACUAAAAAUAUUAAUGAAGACCAUUUAAAGACCAAUGCCAGUAACAUACCUGAAAAACGACUGGAGGAGACUGAAUGGCAUUACUUCAAUGUCAAGUGGAAGACGAUUUAUUUAAAGGAAUUUGGAGAACAGUGCUUACCUUCAAGUGCAACUGAAAGUUUUUCUGUUUCAGACAGUCUUAAAGUAAACAAAGCACGCAACUGGCAAGAGUUACCAGAGGAGAUUGGUAAACGAAUGUGUGAAAUGAUAGACAAUCAUUACUCAGAACUGAAACAGAAAUCACAAGCAAAACUUGAUGCACAGACAUCCAAACGACCAACAGCAUUUUUAACAUCAGACAUUAACGAGAGCAACCAAUCAGAUUGGCAGAAAAUUGUGGACAAGAUUGAAGUUGAACUUGGGAGAGUGCAUCUUGCUUGUCCUUUUGGAAGUCAAAGAUACAACCUGCAUCGUCCAGAUAGUGAUGUUGAUGUAUUUAUCAUCUACCAAGCAAGUACCAAAGACAUCCUUGGAUUGAACCCACCAAAGCAAACUAUCAAGAACAGUGAUAGAGAAGGCUGUGACUACACGAUUCUAGAGCUGCAUCGGUACUGCGAUCUGUUGGCAGGUGGGGAUCCCCGUUGUGUGGAGACUUUAUUCCUGCACGAGUCCACUAUUGUCAAGUGCUCCCAGGAAUGGAGGAAACUCCAAGAAAAGUCUCAUACUUUUCUUACAAGGCAGUGUUUGGACAAAUACCUUCGUGAUGGUCUUGGAUCAAAUGGUGUAAAACAGUUGUUGCGAUGGAAACAGGAACAUUCAGAGAGAAAAGAAUUACCAGCAAAGAUUUAUAAGCUAGUCUAUGUCAUAAUCAGACUUCUCCAAAAUGCAAGGGACAUUACACAAGGUGGGCCUCUUAAAGUGUAUCGGGGAGUCGAUACAGAAGAGCAUGAAAUACUGAUGUCAGUACGGCAUGGUCAAAAGGCAUUUGAUGAUAUGUGGCUCAUUGUAAAGAGUCUUCUGGAUGAAGUGGAACAACAGAAAGAUAAUGUUAUCACAGACACCACGGAAGCAAAGAAUAUUGCAGAAAACUGGCUUCUCCAACAAAGAUAUUAUGAUUUCAGCUUACAUUCAUGUCUACUUUCGGAUGAUCCAGUAAAAUGAAAAUUCAUGUCUACCUUUUUAUAUGGGUGGUAUUAUUGUAUGGCGCUGUCCAUCCAUCCGUAAACGUUUUGUUUCCGGAGCAUAUCUUGGGAUGGUGGUGUGUCUCAUACCAUAACUAGGUCACCGCGACCUACCAUACUUUUCAUGCUUUACUGCACAUUAAAGAAAAUCCAUGUCUGGGACAAAUCUUCCGUAUUAAUUCAUAUAGGAUCAUCAAACUUUGCAUGCAUAUCAUAACUAGGUCACAGCAACCUAUAUUUCAUUCAUUAGGCAAAUUAAAGAAAAUCCUUGUCUGGGCCAUAUCUUCCUUAAUUCAUAUAGGAUCAUAAAACCUCGCAUUUAAGUACAACUUGGGAUGGCGAUGUGUUGAAUACAAUAAGUAGGUCACCACGACCUACUUUUGACAGGUAUACCAUGAACCUCACCAGUACUCCUGUUAUCGUAUUUAAGCUACUGUGUUAUUAAUCAUUCAUUUAUUUUCCAAAGGGAUCCGAUAAUGAAGAAUAAUACAAUAACUAUGCUUAUGGGUGUAUACUACCAAAUCAAAUCCCAUAGACGACAAUAGUAACAUAUGUGGCUAAAACUCCUACCUGCAACGUAUCAACCGACAUAAACGCCACGGAUAUAAAUACUAC